UGCAAACCUGGUGUGCAGUGAUCAUUUUCAAUUUUUUGCAGAACACGUUAUGUACUCAUCUUUCUGAUCUGUAGUACGUUCCACGGUGAUAGUUUUUGCGUUUCCUGUUCUGGAGUCAGAAAACAUCAUUUUAUUAUUGGAUUUGAACUGGAGAUUUUGUUCUAUUUAUCGGAAUAUCUCCGGAAUGGCUUCGAGAAAGAAAGUCCUCCUUAAGGUCAUUAUUCUCGGAGAUAGUGGUGUCGGGAAGACUUCUUUGAUGAAUCAGUAUGUCAAUAAAAAGUUCAGCAACCAGUACAAGGCAACUAUCGGAGCGGACUUUUUGACCAAGGAAGUGGCUGUGGAUGAUCGUCUUGUGACGAUGCAGAUCUGGGAUACGGCUGGCCAGGAGAGAUUCCAGAGUUUGGGGGUGGCGUUUUACCGGGGAGCCGAUUGCUGUGUGUUGGUUUUUGACGUGAACAAUGCACAGAGCUUUAAAUCGCUGGAUAGUUGGAGAGACGAGUUCUUGAUUCAAGCCAGCCCACGUGACCCGGAGAAUUUCCCUUUUGUGGUGUUGGGGAACAAGAUUGAUUUGGAUACUCGUGCUGUUACGACGGCGAGAGCCCAGAGCUGGUGCCAGAGCAAGGGAAAUAUUCCGUAUUUUGAAACCAGCGCCAAGGAGAACAUCAACGUGGAGCAGGCCUUCCAGACAAUUGCCAGGAAUGCUCUGGCUCAAGAAAGUGAAGCCGACCUGUACCCUGAAUUUCCCGACCAGAUCAAAAUUACUCCGGACCAUAAGAACAAAUCGGACGGUUGCGGUUGCUAAUUCCAUGGCGUAACUUGUUCGUCCUCGGUUCUGACUGCAGUUGAUUCGAUUUCGUAUUUGUCAUCUACAAAUGAUUAUUUGAAAAACUGUUAGGCUUGUAACUGCUUAAAAAUUAUCCCAUGUUCUUCUGUGUGAUACGAUGAAAUAGGGAGAACGUGAAAUUGUAAUUCUCUUGUGACGAUUUGCUUAUUUCUUUCCUAAUCUUACCAUUGCAUAGCUCGAAAUUAAACCAGCGUUUUUUUCUUCACGAUGACAAAAACCGAAAUAAAGAUUUCUUUCUGUUUAA